GGCUCCCGGGCCGGACCCGAGCCUCCUGAGCUGUCCGACUGUGUCUUCUUGGGUGAAGUUAUGUAAGGGAGAUGACCACUUGUAAUGAUCGUUAGGAAGAACUCUGGAUAUGCUAAAAAACUCAAUGCAUGUGAUGAUGGCUCAGGUCUUAAGAUCCCAUUUGACGAGUGCUUCAUUGAUUCCUACUCUAGUGAGAAUGCUACCGUACCUUAGUGUCGUUAGAAACAGGAUGAUGUCUACCCAUAAAUCCAAAAAGGAAAUCAGGGAAUAUUACAAGCUGCUGAAUCUAAAUGAAGGCUGCUCUGCAGACGACGUCCGGGAAUCUUUUCAUCAGCUUGCCAAGCAAUAUCAUCCAGACAGCGGCUCUACUAAUGCUGAUUCUGCAGCAUUUAUAAAGAUUGAAGAAGCUUAUAGGAAUGUGCUUUCCCAUGUGAUUGAAGAAGCAAAUGCCAGACGGAACAAAGUUGAAGAAGCAGAACAAGAGGAAGAAAAUUUCAAAUACAAUACACCCCAACACCGACAUUAUUUAAGUUUUGAAGGUAUUGGCUUUGGGACCCCAAGUCAACGAGAGAAGCAGUAUAGGCAAUUUAGGGCAGACCGUGCUGCUGAGCAAGUGAUGGAGUAUCGAAAGCAGAAACUGCAAAGGCAGCAUUUCACUAGUAGCUUAACUGUUCAAGAUGUAAGACACAGUAGAGAACAGAAGAUCACUCAAGCCAUCGAGCGUUUAGUGGAGGACCUUAUUCAAGAAUCAAUGGCAAAAGGAGAUUUUGACAAUCUCAGUGGGAAAGGAAAACCUCUAAAAAAGUUUUCUGGCUGUUCAUAUAUUGAUCCCAUGACUCACAACUUGAACAGAAUAUUGAUAGAUAAUGGGUACCAACCCGAGUGGAUCUUAAUGCAAAAAGAAAUAACAGAUACCAUUGAGAAACUCAGAGAAGCAAUUUUAGUAUCAAGGAAAAAGCUUGGGAAUCCAAUGACAGCAAUGGAACAGCAGCAGUGGAAGCAGGUCUGUGAGCAGUUCCAAGAAAACAUCAGAAAACUCAACAAGCGAAUCAAUGAUUUUAAUUUAAUAGUUCCCAUCCUUACCAGGCAAAAAGUCCAUUUUGAUGCACAGAAAGAAAUUAUCAGAGCCCAGAAGAUGUAUGAGACCUUUAUAGAAACAAAAGAAGUCACUGAUAAAAUCUCCAAUGACAAGAAUCCAGGAGAAGGAAAACCAACUGGAAGCCAGGCAAGGGUUUUAAACUGGUGGAAUCUCUGGAAAUUUAUUAAAAUCUGACUAUUUUGAUGCUCAUGGCCACAAGACUGCCUUCAGUUGUGCUGACUUCCCCCAUUGAGCCUGAAAGUUAUUGCUGUGCCCCAAGAAUUUGAGAAUGUUGUGUCUUUUUACUUUUCAUGAAAUAAUUGUAUCCUUGAUGAUGUGUGGGGAAACUAUAAGAAAUGGAGUCAGAGAAGUCUUCGACAGCUUUUCUCUGAGGAUAUAUCCAGAAAAGAAGAGAAACCACUUAAGAAAUAAUCCAUUCCAGGGUUUAAAUGUUAAGUCUCUGGGUGGAAUGGUCAAGAACUAUGACUCACACAUAGGAAUCAUACAGAGUAUUAUAUAAGGCUUAGUAUAGUUUUAAGCUUUAAUAAAAGCAGCCAUUGCUUGCCAUUUUCAAACAAGUACUUAAAUACAAAGUAUGUAUCAUCGAAACACUGAAGUUAUAGUGAAAUAUAGCCAACUGCACCUCCAGAUGACACAUGCUUUGUACAAGUUUGAUGCUUGUAAAUUCCUGAUCUUACUAAAGCUCAAAACUUUUGGGCCACACACUACAUGGAGGAAUACUGAAAUCAGGAAAUUUCUUUAUCAGGAUUGACUAUUCCUUAUUGUAAAGGUGGUCUCUGUAGGUACUGAAUGAAGAAAACACUGAACAUCCAAGUUGUACUUUUUCCUAACUCCAUGAUUUAUUGGCUACAGAAUCAUUCAUACAACGUAGUCAUUUAGAGAAUUCACUUUAAAGGGUUUAUAUAUUUUUCCUCACUUUCCAGAGGGGCAAAAUUCUUUAAGCUCAAUGCAAAUGUAAAAAUUCACUUUGAAUUUCUCUGAUUAUAGAUUGAAAUGCCAUUUCUAUACAGUUAUCUUAGGUCUCCCUGUGUCUGAAAACAGACCUCUCCCAAAGGUUUUGUUAGCAAUGUGAAAAAUCCUUACUUCUUGUCUUAGGGACCUGAUUUGCAGUCUUAGGGCAAGCUGUCUGAGUUUUGUGUGUUUACCUCUUUGACAACUGACCAGAAAUUAAUAAUUCAUGAGCUUCAUGUUGGGUCUUGUUCACUUUCAGAGACUGGAUAUUUUGGGGAGAGGCCUCCCACAGGGGAGGCUACAUUGUUGCUUUUGCCAAAGAAUGGGGCACUUUAAAAGGAGAAGCUGAUUUUGUUUCCAGAGUGCUAGGAGAUAAAUGCCACUCAGAAGCCUAAUAUUCCAAACAUUCUGAUUUUUUAGACCCAUUAUUUUGAAAAGUGUG